AUGGAUGAGACUUCGAUCAUGACUGUGCCCAACAAGGUUCCAAAAGUUAUAAGUAAGAAAGGUAAGAAGACGGUAGGGAAGAUUGUUUCAUCCGAACGUGGUCAACUGACUACGGCUGUAUGUUGUGUUUCUGCAGUGGGACACUAUGUACCCCCUACUCUAAUUUUUUCCCGAAAAAGGAAAAAAGAUGAAUUAUUAAAUGGUACACCUACAGGAACCAAGGUAUUAGUAUCCGAUUCGGGCUUCAUAAAUACAGAUUUGUUCUUUGAAUGGAUUCAACAUUUUCAAGAAUACGUGAAAAGCACCGCAGUGGACCCUGUUUUGUUGCUAAUGGACAAUCAUAGUUCUCAUAUAUCUUUGCAGUGCAUCAGUUAUUGUCGAGAACAUAGUAUUGUUUUGCUGAGCAUCCCUCCACAUUGUAGCCACAGACUCCAGCCAUUGGAUGUAGGGUUUUAUGGCCCAUUGAAAACAGCAUACAGCCAAGAGACGGAUAAGUGGAUGGUCACUAAUGCUGGACGUUGCAUAACGCAAUUUAAAGUUGGAGAACUUUUUGGCGCCGCCUACAAAAGAGUAGCCUCACUCGAAAAGGCAGAAAGUGCAUUUAAAGCAACUGGUAUUUGGCCACUGAAUCCAGAUGUAUUUAUGGAUGAAGAUUUUAUGCCGGCAAGUGUCACAGAUAAUACCGUUGAGAUUAACACCAGCAACACACUUCCUAACACGGAAUUCAGUAACGAAAAUAUUGUACGUGAUGUGCAAAUUGAUGUCUCUCCAGAAGCUCUCGAGCUUUUAAAUGAGAGAAAUGUUAACCCGGGAUCUAUAACAGUGUGA